UAUCUUGUUUUGGGCUGCCAUUGCUGCUGAAUCUAUUGCGUGGUUUCUUUGGCGUUUCCUUGUUCCGCUCGUUGAACCGUUUCACACAUUGAGCAAUUAGUUCCAACCCUUUGCCGAAAGCCAUGGGAGCAACUUUGGCAGCUCAUUGUUGUGCCACUGAAGACGAAGAUGGUCAAGCUGCAAUGAAAGGUCUCAAGAAGGAUGUAGCCUUUGUUUCGAUCCCGCUAGAUGGCAAGCACAUGGUGGAACAUUUGCAGGGCAAUUGGUAUCGUCAAGGCGAUGCCAAACAUGUAGGUGAGAUCAAUGGAGGCUACUUGUUCUGGAACCCCCAGUGGGGCUUACGCGAUGUUGCGUCACAGCUCUCUGAAGGCCAGUCGGGACUCCUGGAGGUGAAAAUCGAAAAUGAGAUCCGCUAUGCCACGGUCACUCUAUCGCCUGCAGCAAUCAUGUGGGCUGAUGGAGACAUUUGGGUUCAAAAGCUGGAUGCUCCGAACAAGACCCCGCGAAAAAGCUGUUGA